AUGUUGAAGAUAUUUGUUUUUCUAGCCAUUCUAGCGGGAGCUUAUGGCGGUGGUGUUGUCGACCCAGCUCUUUACCAUCCAGACGCUUAUUACCCCGCUCCCCUACCUUACGACUUCGGUUUCCAGACAGCUGACGAGUUGGGUACUCAACUGAGCCGCCAGGAGUCUGGUGACGGCAGCGGAGGUGUCACUGGAAGCUACGGUUACUUUGAUGCUAACGGUGUUUACCGUCUAGUGAAAUACAUUGCUGACGUUGAAGGUUUCCGUGCCCAAAUUGAAACAAGUGAGCCAGGUACCGACAACAAGAACCCCGCUGGAGUGACCAUCAUAUCCAACCCUGUUCCUGCUCCUGUCGUUAUCAAACACCCAGUGGUAAAACAGGGAUACCCUGCUCACCCCAUCGGAGCUAUUAAAGCUGCUCCUGAGCCCUACAAUUUCGGCUUCCAGACCGCUGAUGAAUUCGGUACUCAGCUGAGCCGACAAGAGAGCGGAGAUGGAAGCGGUGCUGUCAGUGGAAGCUAUGGUUAUGCUGACGCUAAUGGCAUCUGGCGUCAGGUGAGAUACGUUGCUGAUGGUGCUGGUUUCCGUGCCGAAGUUGACACCAAUGAGCCCGGAACUGAUAAUCAGAACCCUGCUGACGUUACCGUCUCUGCCAAUCCCGCCCCUGUUGUCUACAAGCAUGCUCCUGUUAUCAAACACGUGGCUCCCAUCUACGCUCCUUAUGCUCACCCAGUUGUUGUUCUAUUUGCCUCCCUUGUUGCCAUGGUUACUGCUGGUUAUGUAGGUUCACCUGGAUACGGAGGUUACGGCCAUGAUUAUUACUACCCUCAGCCCUACAACUUCGGCUAUAACGUUGUCGAUUACUAUGGUAACCAGCAAUGGCGGGCAGAACAGAGCGAUGCUGGAAACAGAAAGACUGGAUCCUAUGGUUACCGCGAUGCUUACGGCCUCUGGCGAGAGGUGAACUACGUUGCUGACGAAUACGGCUUCAGAGCCAAUGUUAAGAGUAACGAACCUGGUACAGCUAACCAGAAUCCCGCUGAUGUGUCCGUUUACUCCAAUGCCGGAUACUACCCUGGCGGUGUAUAUCAGCACUGA